AUGUCGCAGCUGGGAAGUGUACAAGGCAGCGGAGAAGGCAGCAUAGUUGUCGCCGGCGGCGGCGGGGGCCCGGACUUCGACUUGCCGGACAAUAUUCUGGCUGUUAUACCGGCCGACCCUUACGACCAGUUGGAUCUGGCGCGAAAGAUCACUUCCAUGGCAAUCGCUUCCCGCGUGUCGAACCUGGAAGCGGAGGUGGGAAGGAUGAAGCAGAAGAUGUACGAGAAGGAUCGAAUUGCUUACGAGCUCGAAGAGAAAGCGUCUCGAAUGCAGCGGGCGUACCGGGAGGCAGAGUCGAGGCUGAAGAUCACCCUUGACGAGAAUAUUAAACUUGCUAAGGAAAGGGAUUCGUUGGCUGCCAACGUGAAGAAGCUUGGCCGUGAUUUGGCAAAGUUGGAGAACUUCAAGAAGCAGUUGAUGCAGUCACUUAGUGAUGACAGUCCGUCGCCAACACAAACUGUUGAUAUUAGAGCAUAUGAUCAUCAUGCACCAAAGGCAUAUCCUGAUAAAGAUGAAGUGUCAAAUGGAUUUGCCAGCGACAAUUCUUACAAUGGCUCUACAAACAUGAGUACAGCUGAUCAAGCUGCAAAGUCUGCUGGACAAAGAUUCUCCAUAACCCCGUACAUCACACCACGGCUUACUCCAACUGCAACCCCAAAAGUUACAUCUACAAGUGUGUCCCCUAGGAGUUAUUCUACUGCUGUGUCACCUCGGAGAGCCUCUGCUCUGACAUCUCCGACGAAAUCCCAAUAUGAGGGACAACAAACUAGCUUUUCUCCAUGGUAUCCAUCCAGUCAACAGUCUUCGGCAGCCAACUCCCCUCCUCGGGGACGCUCAAUGCCAGCACGGACUCCACGAAUUGAUGGAAAGGAGUUCUUUCGUCAGGCCAGGAGUCGCCUGUCAUAUGAGCAAUUCAGUGCAUUUCUGGCUAACAUCAAGGAACUAAAUGCCCAGAAGCAAACCCGGGAGGAAACUUUGAGGAAAGCUGAAGAGAUAUUUGGGACAGAGAAUAAAGAUCUCUUCUUAUCAUUUCAAGGAUUGCUCAACCGUAGUAGUGCUCACUGAAACUGCCUUAUGCGUAAGGCAUCCGACCUAACUAGGUGGUACAUCGAAACAGCAGUCAGUUCCUUGUGACGAUUCAUUCGAGGAUGCACAAUCAUCGACAAAUCACAGUGACAUGUAUUUCAGCAAGUAGAAGUAGAAUGUUGCUAGGGCUUCACUGAAAUCAUGCAAAUGCUGUAGAUAGUCUUUACUUGGUCAACAUUGUUUUCGUUGUCGAUGAAUGAUUUUUGAUCAAUUGGAAACUUCCAUUUGACAUGAUCUUUUGAUUUCAACAUUUGCUUCCCCUGAUUAUCCG